AUGACAUCGCCGUCUCCUCUCCCGGCUGGGGCUGUCCAGCAGCCCUCGAUCCAUGGCCUUUCCCAGAUAACCAGCAGCUUAUUCAUCAGCAAUGGUGCGGCCGCCAACAACAAACUCUUGCUGUCAAGCAACCACAUCACGACCGUCAUCAACGUUUCCGUGGAGGUGGUCAACACUUUCUACGAGGAUAUCCAAUAUGUCCAGGUGCCGGUGGCCGACACUCCCAGCUCGUGUCUCUACGACUUUUUUGACUCUAUUGCUGAUCACAUCCACAGCGUGGAAAUGAAGCAGGGCCGCACGCUGCUGCACUGCGCCGCGGGCGUGAGCCGCUCUGCUGCUCUCUGCCUUGCCUACCUCAUGAAGUACCACUCCAUGUCGCUGCUGGAAGCUCACACAUGGACCAAGUCAUGCCGCCCCAUCAUCCGGCCCAACAGUGGCUUCUGGGAACAGCUUAUCCAUUAUGAAUUCAAGCUAUUCAGCAAGAACACCGUGCAGAUGAUCAAUUCCCCGGUGGGCGUGAUCCCUGAUAUCUACGAGAAGGAGGUCCGUUUGAUGAUGCGGAUGUGA